GUUUCCCAUCUCAAUCAUCGAAACAACAAACCGAGCGGAGCAAGCGGGGUGAGAGAGGGGGAGAGAGAGAGUCUAAACCAGCUUCUGACCGCCACUUUCAAACUACGUCCAUGAAUCGGUCUCGGAUAUUCGUUCAAAGCAAGUAGCGCAGAUCGAAAUCGACAGGAAGCCGCGCGGUGGCUGGAUUACACCCUGUAAAACAGGUUGUAUGACACAGGAACUCACUGCUCGUGUUAACUCAAGAUUAACUGAAGUCCUUGAUCAGUUAAGGUGGUCCAGAAGAUGUUAAAGAAAUGAUAGCAGCACCAGAAUUACCAGCAGAUUUCCAUUAUCCUCAGGACACAGACACUCGUUUCUCAUCAGAUACUGACUUUGAUGAUCCUGAUGGGAGAAUUGCAGUCCAGGGGAAGGGGAAGGUGAAGAAGGGGAAGAAACCCCUUGGUGAGAAGGGAAAAGGAGGUGGGAAAGGUAUUGGUCGCUUAAAUGGACAUCAUCAGGAAAAUGGCAUGGAGAACAUCAUGCUUUUUGAAGUGGUCAAGCUGGGGAAGAGUGCCAUGCAGUCUGUCGUGGAUGACUGGAUUGAAUCAUAUAAGCAUGAUCGAGACACGGCACUCCUCGACUUAAUCAACUUCUUUAUCCAGUGUUCUGGUUGCAAAGGUGUUGUGAGCGGUGAGAUGUUUCGACACAUGCAGAACUCUGAAAUAAUCCGGAAAAUGACUGAAGAGUUUGAUGAGGACAGUGGAGAUUACCCUCUCACAAUGGCCGGACCACAGUGGAAGAAGUUCAAGUCCAGUUUCUGCGAGUUCAUCGGUGUACUUGUGCGACAAUGUCAAUACAGCAUCAUCUAUGACGAGUAUAUGAUGGACACAGUCAUUUCUCUGCUCACGGGUCUGUCUGAUUCCCAAGUGCGAGCCUUCAGGCACACCAGCACACUCGCAGCCAUGAAGCUGAUGACAGCUCUGGUGAAUGUAGCGCUAAACCUCAGCAUCAACAUGGACAACACGCAGCGCCAGUAUGAGGCCGAGAGAAAUAAAAUGAUUGGCAAGCGGGCGAACGACAGGUUGGAGCUGCUUCUUCAAAAACGCAAGGAGCUUCAAGAAAAUCAGGAUGAAAUAGAAAACAUGAUGAAUGCAAUUUUCAAGGGUGUCUUUGUUCAUCGAUACAGAGAUGCAAUAGCAGAAAUCCGAGCGAUCUGCAUAGAAGAAAUCGGUGUGUGGAUGAAAAUGUAUAGCGACGCCUUUCUUAACGACAGCUACCUGAAGUAUGUGGGCUGGACCAUGCACGACAAGCAAGGUGAAGUGCGGCUUAAAUGCCUGACUGCUCUACAGGGUCUCUACUACAACCGUGAGCUCAAUGCCAAGCUGGAGCUGUUCACUAGCCGCUUCAAGGACCGUAUUGUGUCCAUGACCCUGGAUAAGGAGUAUGAUGUCGCUGUUCAAGCAAUAAAACUGCUGACACUUGUGUUACAUAGCAGUGAUGAGGUCCUCACUGCGGAGGACUGCGAGAGCGUCUACCACCUGGUGUACUCAGCCCAUCGACCGGUCGCUGUGGCAGCAGGAGAGUUCCUUUUCAAGAAGCUUUUCAGCCAUCGAGACAUAGAGGAUGACAGCAUGCCUAAGAGACGAGGCAGACAGUCUCUGAAUGCCAAUCUCAUCAAAACCACUGUUUUCUUCUUCCUAGAGAGUGAACUGCAUGAACAUGCUGCAUACCUGGUGGACAGCAUGUGGGACUGUGCUUCUGAGCUACUGAAGGACUGGGAGUGCAUGAUCAGCCUCCUACUGGAUGAGGCCCUGCCUGGAGAGGAAGCUCUGACGGACAGGCAGGAGACAGCUCUCGUCGAAAUCAUGCUCUGCACCAUCCGGCAGGCUGCAGAGUGCCAUCCUCCUGUGGGUAGAGGUUCUGGCAAGAGGGUAUUGACGGCAAAAGAAAAGAAAACUCAGCUUGAUGACCGAACGAGAAUGACUGAGCUCUUUGCAGUGGCACUUCCACCUUUACUUGCAAAGUACUCAGUGGAUUCAGAAAAGGUUACCAACCUGUUGCAACUGCCACAGUUCUUUGACCUGGAGAUAUACACAACAGGGCGUUUGGAAAAGCAUCUAGAAGCACUGCUGAGACAAAUCAGGGAGAUUGUGGAAAAGCACACGGAUACUGAUGUGCUGGAGGCCUGCUCCAAGACCUACCACGCUCUCUGCAACGAGGAGUUCACUAUUUUUAACAGGGUGGACAUUGCCCGCAGCCAGCUCCUAGACGAACUGGUGGACAAGUUCAACAGGCUGCUGGAAGACUUCCUUCAAGAGGGAGAAGAUCCAGAUGAAGAUGAUGCUUAUCAGGUCUUGUCUACACUAAAGAGGAUCACAGCUUUCCAUAAUGCUCAUGACCUUUCCAAAUGGGAUCUGUUCACCAGCAACUACAAAUUACUGAACACCGGCAUUGAGAAUGGGGACAUGCCUGAACAGAUCGUCAUCCAUGCACUGCAGUGUACACACUAUGUGAUCCUCUGGCACUUAGCCAAAGUGUCAGAAGGAAGCUGCAGAAAGGAGGAUAUGGUGACUCUGAGGAAACAAAUGCGAGCUUUCUGCCUCAUGUGCCAGCGUUAUUUGGCUAGUGUGAACACCGCUGUCAAAGAGCAGGCCUUCACCAUCCUGUGUGACCUACUGAUGAUCUUCAGUCACCAGAUCAUCGCUGGAGGGAGAGAGAUUCUGGAACCUCUCGUCUACACGCCGGAUGCUUCCCUCCAGUCUGAACUGCUCAGCUUCAUCCUGGAUCAUGUCUUCAUUGACCAGGAUGAUGACAGCAACAGCACAGAUGGACAGCAGGACGAUGAAGCUGGCAAAAUAGAAGCUUUGCACAAAAGACGCAACCUGCUCGCAGCUUACUGCAAACUCAUCAUCUACAAUGUGGUGGAGAUGAAGACUGGGGCAGACAUAUUUAAACAAUAUAUGAGGUAUUACAAUGACUAUGGAGACAUAAUCAAAGAAACCAUGAGUAAAACGAGACAGAUCGACAAAAUCCAGUGUGCGAAGACUCUCAUUCUCAGCUUACAGCAGUUGUUCAAUGAGAUGCUGUCGGACCUGGGUCCAUGUUUUGACCGCUCGUCUUCAAACUUCUGUGGCAUUAAGGAGCUGGCUCGCCGUUUCUCUCUGACCUUUGGCUUGGAUCAGCUGAAAACAAGAGAGGCCAUUGCCAUGUUACACAAGGAUGGUAUAGAGUUUGCUUUCAAAGAGCAGAAUCCUCAAGGAGAUGGAUAUCCUCCCUUAAACCUGGCUUUCCUGGACAUACUUAGCGAGUUUUCGUCUAAGCUCAUGAGACAGGACAAGCGCACUGUGCACAUGUAUCUGGAGCGAUUCAUGACGUUUCAAAUGGCUCUACAGAGGGAGGACUGCUGGCUGCCGCUAAUCUCCUACAGGAACUCUCUGCAGGCUGGUGGUGAUGACGACACUAUGUCUGUGGUGAGCGGCAUCAGCAGUCGAGGCUCUACCAUCCGCAGUAAGAAGCCCAAGCCUGCCACUGGCAAGAGGAAACUGUCUGAAGCGGAGGAGAGCAGCAGUAGCAGUGACAUGUGGCUAAACCGAGAGCAGAGCAUGCAGACGCCGGUCAUGAUGCCUUCGCCGCACCUCACGUCCACAGUCAUGCGCGACCCAAAGCGAUUACGGCCCGAGGACAGCUACAUGGGUGUUUAUACCAUGCCACCCGAGCAGCAACAACAGCCACAGCCACCACCACCACCACAGCACCACACACAUCCACAAACGCCCCAGCCUCACCACCACCAAACCCCCAUGGACUACAACACGCAGGUCACUUGGAUGCUAGCACAGAGGCAGCAGCAGGAGGAAGCAGCCAGACAACAACACGAGAGAGCUAUGAACUACGCCAAACUGAGGAGCAACCUGCAGCAUGCCAUCCGCCGAGGAUCAGGUCUAAUGGAAGACGAUGAGGAACCAAUUGUAGAGGAUGUGAUGAUGUCAUCAGAAGGCAGAAUUGAAGAUCUUAAUGAAGGCAUGGACUUUGACACGAUGGAUAUUGAUCUGCCUGCAUCCAAGAAUAGACGAGAGAGAUCAGAACUAAAGCCAGACUUUUUCGACCCAGCCUCGAUCAUGGACGAGUCUGUCAGGACCACUCAUUUCUUAGGUUAUGAUGCUUUUCAGCGGUAAUGUGGGGUGCACACUAACUCCACCAUAAGGCCAUGAGAGAUCACCACUAGAUGGCACUAAUAGGAGUGAUUUUCUAAAAGACCGCUCUGUUCCACAGUACACUCCAGGCUGUGGAAGAGAGACAGCCUCAAGCUAAGAAUCGUUAAAGCCCUCCUGGACUUAAAAUUAAGAGAGAAUCAUGGGUCAUUUAUUUGGUAACACUAACCUCACACUGAAUUUAAACCUUUUUCUUUUGUAGGUCCUUGGAGUACCCAUGUUUUAAGAUUUAAAAAAAGUAUUUUUUUUUUUAUUAAGAAAACCAACAUUUUUCUGUAAUGUCAGACUGAUUUUGUAAAGAUUAUACACAAGUUCUGUGUAGUAACUGGUAAACUGAAACUACAACUAAUCUUGUUCACUAGAGACUUAAAGAUAAAUAUAGUGACUUUAAACAGUCAUCGAGUAAGCUUUCCCUCUCCAUGCGAAAUGCUGGGGGCAGAUUGUGAAUGCCAUGGAAUGUUGGACUGUUCUUAGCCAUGUAUAAAUAUAUAAAAUAUUUCGAAGUUGAACGUCAUCUUGUGUGAAGAAAUUUAUGUGAGCUCUCCUAGAGUUGUGGUAUUUCUUGAAAAACUGGGGUGAAUGCAUCUUCUUUUUUAACUUAAAAGAUAACUAUGUUCUGUAUAGCCCUUUUGUAAUAGUGAGUAAUCAGGUGUAAAGUAGUAAUUUAUAAGCAGGUUAUUGCUCAUCAUAGUGAGUGAUGUGAUAUAUUUUAUUCUUCUUAACUAUCUAAUAUGUCAAAUGGAGGAAAUCCUCCAGGUCUUUAUAUUUAGUGUUUAGUUUUGUUUUUCCUCCCUUUGAAAAAGACGAUAACAAGGCCUACAACUCCUACUAUCUAUCAACGACAGUGAGGGUCUUCACUGUAGCUCUUUUCUAAGAAUCGAAGGAAUGAAGCGGUGAUUCUGCUUCUCCCAAAUCACCUCACCCAAAGAUUAGACCUGCUCACAUAUCCCUCCAAAGAGCAACACCAACCAAGCAAAAGGAAAUCUCUCCAGUAGUGCCAUUGUGUUUGUCUCUAACAAAAGCAAAGCUUAACUACAGUGUCUGCUGCAAAACCAUUGUCUCCUCCCUGACAUUCAGCCGAUUAGAGUGAUGUAGACAUUUACUUUUAAAUAAAGUUAUAUAAAGUAUAUAUAAAUUGGUGCUGAUUUUAUAACUGUGCAUUUAGGGUUUUUUUCUUAUUUUUAAGCUCCAAUUUAAAGUUAAAAGGAAAUGGAAAUGUAUUAAAAAUGUCAAAAGAUGUGCGCAUGUAGCCAUGCAGCAAGGACUUUUUUUAAAAUUUGUAUUUUAUAUAGUUUUUUUGUUUUAUUUUGUUGUUUUGGGUCAGUCUUAAGGUCUUCAGGUUAUUACAUUUUUCCUAAAUGUAAAUUAGGUUGGUUAAGCUUCAUGGUCAGAGCUAUUACAUUCAGCUUUAAGUUGUUUUUGUUUGUUUUGUGUUUCUUUGAGUUUUUCCAGUAUCAAACCUUGACUGUAACACAAUGUAACAUCCAUUCAAACACGAAAGUUAUUUGUGUUGCUUUGGGCAGCUCUAUAAGUAAAACUAAUACAUCUAGCUUGUACUGAAAUAUUUGUAUAUCUAAACAUGUUUUGUCAGAGGUAUACUUUUUAAUCAUUCCAUGCCUUGGCCUUAAACAUGCUUGUACAAAAGAAAAUGUUCUCAAUUUUUUUUGUCAUGCUUUCUUUUCCUUUUUCUGUUUUGUGCAGUGCAUUGGUUCCCAUUUUCCUUUAUAGAAGAAGCUAGUAUGUUCAGAAAUGGCAUGAUUGUAAUUAUUAAGUUAGGAAAGUGCAGCAGCACACAAAGGCUCUUUGACUCUAUUCUGUCCCCUGUUGGUCACUCACCACUGCAUCUGCAAAACUGCUGAAUAGAUUGUGUAAAUAUACAUGUGUUUUAACAGAAACUUAAUUUUCUAGUGUUUUUUCCCUGUUAAUGUUUAUAAGCAUAUAUGAUCUUUUUUUCCCUGUUCAAAGAUUUCCACUCAUACCUAAUUGUUUCCCUGUCCUGCCAUCCACUGUACUAUUUCUGAUUUGUAUCUAUCUGGAGACAGUACGUUUUUGAAUAAAAGUAAACAAAUCUUUUUUGUGUGAUUUUA